AUGGCUCUGCUCAUCACAAACCAAGGCCAAUCCAUCUGUUUGGCCUUUUUUCUUGUGCUCAUUUUGGCCUUCUGCUCCUCUCAAGCAUCUUGUAGUCGCCAGCUUUAUGGCGAAGACAAAAUCAUGCUCCAGAGAUUUGAGGAGUGGAUGGCUAAACAUGGACGAGUGUAUAAGGAUGCACAGGAGAAGGAGCUGCGCUACGACAUUUUCAAGUCCAGUGUGGAAUUUGUAGAAGCUUUUAACAAGAACAAGGGCCGAAGGAAGUACACACUAAGCAUCAAUAAGUUUGCGGAUCUCAAGAAGGAGGAACUUCGAGCAAUGCGCAAUGGAUAUAAUGUGAGGCAGCAUCUCUCCAAAGAAGUGAUCACCUCCAACUCCAUGAAAGUAAGUCCAAAUACAUUUUUCAAAUAUGCAAAUGUAACCGUGGUGCCACUUUCCUGGGAUUGGACUACAAGUGCUGUAACCCCGGUCAAGGACCAAGGAUAUGAUUGUGAACAAGAGAUUAUCGAUUGUACAACUAGUUUCGAAGAUGAUGGCUGCCAUGGUGGUUUUGUGGAGAAAGCCUUCGAAUACAUGAUCCAACGCAACAUGAGCCUGUCAACUGAAGAUGGCUACCCUUACAAGGCUGUAGAUGGUGGCGUUUGCUUGGAUGACUUCAAUAAUGUUGCCUCCGGUGCCAUAACUAUAACCGGGUACAAGCAAGUGCCUCAAAACGACGAAAUCGCUUUGUUGCUGGCUGUUGCCAACCAGCCAGUUUCA